GGAUUGAAGCAAAGGGAAAGAUUGAACUAGUGUCGAUUGAUUGAACGUAAAGUGAAGUAUAAUAAUUUUAGUCGUUCAAGUACUGUUUAGUGACAUUUUAGGGUUGUGUUUUGAGUGUAUUUUUUAACAAAACAAGCCGCAUCAUGUUCAAAAAAUUCGAUGAAAAGGAAAGCAUCUCAGGCGUCCAGCAGCUCAAGUCCUCGGUGCAGAAGGGCAUCAGGGCGCGUCUGCUGGAGCUGUACCCUCACUUGGAGAAUUACAUCGACCAAGUGCUGCCGAAGAAGGAUACCUUUAGAAUUGUUAAAUGCCACGACCACAUCGAGAUUAUGGUGAACAGCGCAGGGGAGCUCCUCUUCUUCCGACAACGCGAGGGGCCCUGGAUGCCCACCCUCAAACUCUUGCAUAAGUACCCAUUCUUCCUACCGAUGCAGCAAGUCGACAAGGGUGCUAUCCGCUUCGUGCUCAGUGGGGCUAACAUCAUGUGCCCGGGGCUCACGUCUCCGGGAGCUCGCAUGAGUGACGUGGACAAGGGGCAAGUGGUUGCAGUCAUGGCUGAGGGAAAGGAACAUGCUCUAGCUGUGGGAUGCACUGCGCUGUCUACUGAUGAUAUAGCUAAAGUAAACAAAGGCGUGGGUAUAGAAAACUGUCACUAUCUCAACGACGGCCUGUGGCAGAUGAAACCAGUGAAGUAAUUUCAACUUGUUCUCAUUGUGUAUGCUUCUAUGUAACUUAAAAAACUAAACUAACUAAAUAAAUAUAAAUCUCUAAAGGGA